AUGCACAGUGUAUCCCCAACUGGCAGGAAAGGCAAUGGGCCUUAUCCCUCCCUUUCCCCUCUCACCGCCACCCUUGCGUACAAACGCAGCCAACGACUCGUGUGGUUCAAGAACAGGAGGGCCAAGUGGCGCAAGAGGGAACGUAACGCGAUGAAUGCUGCUGCUGCCGCCGCUGCCGACUUCAAGAACGGCUUCAGCACCCAGUUCAACGGACUGAUGCAGCCCUUUACCGAUACUGACUCACUUUACUCCUCCGCGUACUCGUCCUACAACAACUGGGCCACUAAGGUUCCAAGUCCCUUGGGCACCAAGACGUUCCCUUGGUCUGUCAAUCCCCUGAGUACAGUGAACCAUCACCAAAGUUCCGUUAACUGCUUCAAUGCAGCGGCGACCUCAGUGGCCGCCUCCAUGUCGACGGGUGCCGGCUCCAUGCUGCCAGGUGCUCCUCUGGCGCCCUCCUCAGCGCCCGCGGGCGCCGCCUGUCCCUACGCGCCCCCCACAGCCCCCUACUCCAUGUACCAUCACCGCACCGCCGAGCCCUGCAACGUCAUGACCUCCAGCAUCGCCAGCCUCCGGUUGAAGGCCAAGCAACACUCGUCAGGGUUCUCGUACUCACCGACGACACCCACCACGUCCAGCGCUCCCGGGGGCCGAGCGGGGAGCGGCGGGCUCAGUGCCUGUCAGUACGCCACGGCCGGGGGUAGUGAGCGUCCUGGUGUCUGACGCUACUCUGUCCAGCACUUGAUGGACUUCAAGGAAGACAAACUCCUCGCCAUCAAGACUGAGAAUGCGGACGACAAAUGUGGCAUCGACAACCAGGAUUUUUGAAAGUUCCAUAAUAACUUCAUGAGUGAUAUCGACUUUGACAUUUUGUAACGAUACAAUCCUCCCAGAACUGAACAGAUUUUGUACUGUGUGCCAAAGCCAAAGAUUGCGAUUUUUGUAUCAUACUUCCUUUUACUUCCUGGCUUCAAAAUCCUCUCUUGUGUAUAUCGGUCGGAAUUCAAUUCCUAUAUGUCUUUGGAUAACUCCAGUUUGGCAUUGGUGUAAAUCAAGAUAAUUUUUAGUAACGUUUCGUUAUGGAUUACUUUUAUAUCUUCCAGUUUUUUUUUAUACAAUUAGAUACUAAACCUAAAACUAGGAGGAAAUACUUAAUUCAAGGUAUUUUAAAUUGUGUAAUAGCAAUUAAUGGAAUGCUUAAAGCUGUGUGAGAAACCUUAAUGGAUUAAUUUGCUGAUUAAGAAAUCUGUAGCACAAACCUUUAAAUUGCUUAGAGUUACAACUCAUGAUGUAAAAGACAUUAAGAAAAUAAGAAGUUAAAUACUGCUAAGUUUUAUAACAACAAAGCAAAUUCAUUUUUUCCCAGGAAUUUUAUUCCAAGAAGAGUGAUUUUAAAGCCAGGCCCUCUAUGUAUAUACUACUCGUCUCAAGCAAACUAAAUGUACUAUAUAAAGCAAUAUCAAGUACCUGACCAGUACUUAUGAGUCGUGGCCAACUAAGCCGAAUGUACAUUUGUAUUAUAUCCGUACCUAUACAAUACUGUAUCGCUGUAUCAAUCAUACCAAGUGUAUCUCUCUGUAUACACAGUUUGUAUAAUAUGUCAGAUGGUGUCGUCGUGUUUUGUAUUACUUCACAGUCCGACCGACCCACUCACUGGAGGUAUUCUGGGCUAUUAUAGUUGUAUUCGUCGUGUAUUUUUAACAGUUUUAUGAUCCAUCUCGUUUAUUCAUUACAUGAAAUUAUGCCCACAGCUAUCGGGAUCGGAAGCAAAUAUUUUGGAACAUGUAACCUAUCGUGCUUCUUUAACAUUUAAUGUUCCGAUUAUCCAGCAUGUUCUUAAAUUUCAUAGAAUUAACUAAAUUCUAUGAAAUUUAAUUCUUUCAAUAGCACUAUUGUGCGAAAAAAUUACACUAACUAAAAAUGUAAUACAUUUGCUGUUGUGUUUGUUUGUAAAUUUCCAUGCUUGAUAAAUAAGACAACGCGAGCUGCGCGCUAACGUUAACGAAAUGAUAAGCGCAAGUACAGAGAUAAAGCCCACUUAUAAUAAUUAGUAUUUUCGAGAAAACUGUUUAAAAAAAUGUUAUCGCAUACUUCAGCGUGUUGAAAUGUUUUGACCUGGUACUUGUGAUUGGCUGCAGUAGAUUCAAAAUUAUUCAAAGUCUAGUCUAGAAAAUUACACUGAUAACAAAUUGUGGUUGACUUACCUUAUUUCGUUUGAAAGUGACACCAUUGUGUUUUCAAUUACUUUUAAAUUGUACAUUAUGUCAUAGAGUACUGUUUUACCAAAGUUUAUUUUACGCUGAUAAUAUUAAAUCAUGUCUUCAAUUCAGGACAAAUUUUGGUCCUCUGGGUCACUAGGCUAAUUAGUGUAAUGUUCAGUCAAAUAUGUCUUAAUUGUGUUUGAAUUUAUUACUCCAUGGCGUGGGUAAACAAACUUCUCAUUGAAACAUCGUUGUUUAUGGUCAACAUACCAACGAUUGCGUUUAUAGUCAUACAACUGUUCGUAAUUAUCUAGUGAAAUAGUUUUACAAACUAAUACAGUCAUAAAAGUAAAAUACAGAUUAUAUGUGACAUUUCAGUUCGCUAAAAGAUGUUUAUCAAACAUUUGUAUGUUUUGAUUUUUAUUUAUAUUUGUAUUAACAUAAAGUUUAUUUAAAGAUGUAAUAAAACAGCUACAUAGUAAUAAUGAUGCCUUUGUAUUUGUUUCUAUGUAGAACUACUUUUAAUCAGUCUUUUAGCUCUGAGCAGUAAUUAAGAAUAUAAGACAAGAUGUAUUCGAAAUAAUAAUUUUUGCUUCAAUAUUUUUUUAUGGAUUUAAUGGAAUACAUAAUUUUUAUAACAUUACAAUAAAAGAUAGUCUAGUCCCAGAAUGCCAAGCGGGUGGUUGGAUGCCUCACGUGGUCAUUGUACAAUUUGUAUACUUCUGUGUGUAUGUAGAAUCGAUGGAUGUACAAAUGAGUGAAUAAAUAGGUUUUGUUAAUUUACAUUGUUACAAA